UGAAGAAAUAAACACAAGGCUUUCUCCCCAAGUAGUAUUGAUCGAUCCAUGGCGGCGGCGCUUCGACACGUGGUGAGGAGGCUCAUGGCUGAGGAGCGACGCCAGCUCUUCUCCCGAAGCCGACUUUUUCACACCCAUGGGCAGCCGCGCAAGAUCAACGACGGGCUAUAUAGGGUGGAGCAGAAGAAAGCAGAGUUGUAUGAUUUGUUACCGAAGGCGAAGACGAAUCCCGAGGCUAUUGAUGAGCAUGACAUGCAGCUACUCAAACUAAUUCCCCAUUUUCGACGACAACUCGUUCCAGAAGUAGAUGACAUUCUCUGGCAGAGGGAGCGGUUUGUUACAAGGGUUAACAGUGUGCUCGAAGGAAUUGCCAGGACGGCAUUCUACAUUUGUAUUACUGCUUUGGCAUAUGGCAUCACCACCGACAAGGGGGUAAAAGACCAGACCAUUGACGAGGGAAGCCAGUGAAGACAAGAUCGAAAAAUCAGAACCAAAGAUGGCCCCAGCUUGUUUUCUGUUUAACUAGAUCGGCAACGCGCCUUGGCGCGAGGGUGCCGGUCCAACCGAUAUGACCAAGCAGUGGAGAUCAAGCCGCAUGAUGCAUUAGUAGGAUAGCAAGUUUAGCACAGGUAACAGGACAACUUAAUCAAAGAGGUGCUACUUGCAGUUGCCGAAACCCAACUCCCACAUGCGUGUGUCUAUUAAAGAUGGAAAUGCAGAGAGUAUAUCAAGGAAUUAUUUACCAAUCACAACCAGUGCUUACUUAAUAAAGAUGAUACAAACUAAGUAUAUUGAUUAUUACCUCUGUAUGAAUCAUGCAGGCGCGCAAGAUCAACGACGGGCUAUUUAGGGUGGCGCAGAAGAAAGCUGAGUUGUAUGAUUUGUUACCAAAGGCGAAGAAGAAUCCCGAGGCUAUUGAUGCGCAUGACAUGCAGCUACUCAAACUAAUUCCCCAUUUUCGACGACAACUCGUUCCAGAAGUA